GCUAGGACACUUCACCUUUAUCGUUGGAGCUAGCAGUCCACCACCACAACCCUACCUACCGUUUGCUGCACAGAUUGGGUCUCAAUGAAGUAACCAGCGCGACUCCUCACAAGCUAGCCAUGGAGGUUGCAACGGGAGCACUGGGCACUCUGAUCCCCAAGCUCGGCCAGCUCCUCCAGGAUGAGUACAAUCUGCAGAAGGGAGUCAAGAAGGACAUCGAGUUUCUCUCAAGGGAGCUCGAUAGUAUGCAUGCCGCCCUCCGCAGUGUUGGCGAGGUGCCACGAGAGGAACUCAAAGAGCAGGUCCGGAUCUGGGCGCGCGAUGUUAGGGAGCUGUCCUACGACAUGGAAGACAUCGUAGACACCUUCCUGGUGCGCGUCCGGGGCCCUGUGGCCCCUAGCAAAAGGAGUGCCAAGAGGUUCAUGAAGAAGAUGAUGAAUAUUGUCACAAAGGCCGCGACUCGCCAUGAGAUCGGGCAAGAGAUCAAGGAUAUCAAGGAGCGUGUCAAGGAGGUGGCCGAGCGACGUGACAGGUACAAGGUUGAUGCUAUUAAGCCUGAAAAAAUCUUGGUUGACCCUCGCAUAACAGCUCUAUACACUAAGGCUACAGAUCUUGUGGGUAUUGAUGAAGCAAGAGAAGAACUAAUCAUGAGGUUGACAAAUGGAGAUGACAUGUCUGGGCAGCAGCAAAGGGUAGUCUCUAUCGUUGGUUUUGGAGGAUUAGGCAAGACAACACUUGCCAAAGUAGUGUAUGACCAGCUAAGAGUUCAAUUUGAUUGCACAGCUUUCGUUUCAGUGUCUCAGAAUCCUGACUUGAACAAACUUCUCAAGAAUAUGCUUUAUGAACUUGACAAGGAAAAGUAUGCCAAUAUUCAUAGCACAAUGUUGGAAGAAAAGCAUCUCAUUGACCUAGUCCGGGAAUUCCUCCAAAAUAAAAGGUACUUCAUUGUCAUCGAUGAUAUAUGGGAUAUGAAACCAUGGGGGAUACUACGAUGUUCUCUACAUGAGAAUGGCCUGAAAAGCAUAAUCAUAACAACUACUCGCAUACUUGAUGUUGCUGAGCAAAUUGGUGGUUGCUAUAGGAUGAAACCUCUAACUCAUGAGAGCUCCAAAAAGCUAUUCUAUGGAAGAAUAUUCGGCUCUGAAGACAAAUGUCCUGGGCAGUAUUUUGAGGUAUCUGAAAAGAUUUUGAAGAAAUGUGGAGGUGUGCCAUUGGCCAUCAUUACCACAUCUAGCUUGCUUGCUAAUAAAUCAGAAAAUAUAAAAGUGUGGAAUGACGUUUGUGGCUCUAUUGGUUCCGGACUUGCAAGUAAUCCUAGCAUGGACAGUAUGAGGAAGAUAUUGUUGCUUAGCUAUUAUGAUCUACCUUCUCAUUUGAAGGCAUGCUUAUUAUAUCUUAGUAUAUUUCCUGAAGAUUAUGAGAUUGAGAAAUAUCGGUUGAUAUUGAGGUGGAUAGCUGAAGAUUUUGUCCACCGUGAAAAUGAGAGUCAAAGUUUAUUUGAGCAUGGAGAGAGUUACUUCAAUGAGCUUCUAAAUAGAAGCCUGAUUCAGAUAGCAGAUAGGGAUACCAUUUCAUUUUGCCGUGUGCAUGAUAUGGUACUUGAACUCAUUUGCUCCUUGUCAAGAGAAGAAAGUUUUGUUACCACGGUAUUAGGAGAUAGUAGGCAAUGCAUGCCUUCUUCUGGAAGCACCGUUCGCAGGUUAUCUCUCCAGAAUACUACUUGGCCUAAAACGGAAAUGCCAAAAUUGAGGUCCGUUGCUAUCUUCAGUCCCGCUAUAAUUAAUACAAUGCCAUCCCUUUCGAUUUAUCAUCUUCUACGUGUGUUGGAUCUACAAGAUUGCAAUCUCAGGGAACGUCGAAAUUUGAGGUUUGUUGGGAAUUUAUUUCACUUAAGGUAUCUAAGUCUAGCACGUGCUGGGUAUGCUGGUGAGCUGCCAGUGGAGGUAGGGAAGCUACAGUUUUUGCAGUCAUUGCUCUUACAUGGAACUGAAAUAGAAGAACUACCGUCAAGUAUUGUAGGCCUAACACAGUUGAUGUUCCUAUGUGUUGACCGCCGUACAAGUCUGCCUAAUGGGUUGAAGUAUCUAACAUCCCUAGAAAUGCUAGGGAUUGUGAGAGUGGAUUCUGCAUGCAUUGCGGAAGAGCUAGGCCAUCUGAUGCAACUGAGGCUCCUUUUAGUGAAUCUCACAACUGACAAGGAAGGCAGAUGGGAUGAAAACAUAUGCACAGCUUUGGUGGGGUCUCUUGGGAAAUUACACAAAAUCCAAACUCUAAUAGUACUGUCAGAUGACGUGGCAGCCAAUCUCGAAGGCUCAGUGGAGUCCGUGGGCAACUUGAGCACUCUCUCUAUUGAUAGAACCACUUCCUUGCCAACAUGGAUUCGCCCUGCAAUAUUAUUGCUUCUCUCCUACGUGGACAUAACGGUGGUUCAAGUGAGAAGGGAGGACAUCCAAGUCCUCGGGAGGCUCCAGGCUCUUCGUUAUCUUUAUUUAGGAGUUGGCAACAAACAAGUGCUGGAAAGGUUCAUGGUCAGGCCUGAUGCUUUUCCAUGUGCAAUAACAUGUAUAUUCAGCAAGCUUGCAAUGGUUCCGUCUACCUUCCCACCUGGAGCUAUGCCUAGACUUGAAAAGUUUAUAUUUGGCAUCCAACUGGAGGAUUUCUUGCGAGGUGAAUUUACUACUGAUGACCUGGCCUUGGGCCACCUCCCCUCCCUUCAGGAUGUGCAGGUUUACCUUAGUGGAAGGUGGAAAGUCAGCGAAGAGGUGGUAACCAAAGUGAAAGAGAAGCUAAGGCACGAGGCCGAUGGCCACCCCAACCACCCCUCCCUUCGAUAUGAUGAUGAUUUCUGAAAUCUUAUAUAUACCAAUAAAUAAUCUUGCAAAUCACGUAUGUCUGUCCUCGUAGAAAUUCUGAGCCAAUAUAUAGUUUGUUGUGCUCCAGGAACAGAGUCUACAUCGACAUAGCCGGGAACCUUGACGUGGAUCUCUAAUUGUUGCAAUUUAUACUGUAGGUUUGUGUGAGAUUAGAUAAAUUAAAUUUUGCCUCUGAAUUGUCGUGCAGGACGAAUUGAAGGCUACCAUAUUAAGCUUUGGUGUGGUGGAAAAACAUUUACGCCUAGUACCAGAUCGCCGUGACAUACAUGGAUCGGAGAUCUGCUGCUCUGCAUGUGCAUGGUGCCGAACCAUGGUCCAUGAAGAUAACCCGGUAGGACGCACGGCCUGUGUUCUUCCUGCCCGGCCAAGUUCGCCUUCGUCUACAAGGGCCUUCCCACCUGACACCUGGUCUCCGUUGACCGUUGGUUUUGUCUGAUUCUUCUACAUGUAUGUUCAAGUUGGCCUGAUACUCUGGUCCCGUUCUUCCCCGUUCCCAUGCAAGACUCAUUAAAACUCUGCGGUUGGUCGAGCAGCAAUAUGAUCCAUAAGCCCAAGAUCACUAUUCAACUGUAUUUAAUUUGUAGCAUUAUUAUGAUGGACUAUCUAUUGGCCUUGUUUGGUUUGUACUAUGGUAGGAACUAUAACAAUUUUGACUAUUAAUUAGAGGUAUUAAAUAAAUGCAGUUUGCAAAA